CCCAUUCCUCUUGAAUGUCAUCGUGUUUUAAAACAACAUGAUCUAAAAUAAUAAUUUGUAGUUUUAUUGCAUACGAAAAUCUGUUAGUUUACACUGUACAUCAGGUCAAGGAAAGUGGUAAUUUUGUAUUAGUUCACGAUGGUUUACAUUCACUUUCCAUCGAAUUUAACAGAGGAAGAGCUUAUGUUACAAGCAAAAUACGCCAAACUGAAGAAAAAGAAAAAAGCGUUGCAAGCUUUGAAAGCACCUAAACAGGAACCUGAGAAAAAUCUCAUACCAAAACGUCCUGCAGACGCCCGCGAUGCACGCGAAGUGGCACGAAAACUUCUAAAGAGUGGCGCUAUUCAAGCCAUUCAAAAACCACAACUAAAACAGGAAAGCUCCUUCAAAAGGCCCAAAGGUCAAGAACGCAAACGAUCUCAGCAGGAAUCAAGUCCCGGAGCUCAAUAUCAGUCUUUUUCGUCAGUUGAAACACCACCUCCAAAUCCAACGACAAGUCCGGAUCCGCCGCUUAUACCGGCAGCAGUUGUGACUGCACCGGUGACGGCGACGGCACCGCCUGUGACACCUGUGCCAGAUAAGGAACCUAACCGCAUCCCAAAUCUGUAUCAACAAUUUGCCAAUGAACGAGACAAAGAAGAGCAGGCCGCUGCCAAAGCUGGAGAUUCCCCACGAGAUAGGCCUCGAUCUGGCAACACGGUCUACGUUUCCGGCAAUAAAGUAACGGAAGAUUUUCUCAAAAAGCAUUUCCAUGAUUUUGGGGAAAUUUUGAAUAUCUCAAUGGAAAUCGAAAAGGGUCGAGGUUUCAUUACAUUCUCCAAAACCGAAUCAGCAGAUCGUGCUAUUGGCGAGCUCCACAGCAAAACUGUUGGAGGAAUCCAGCUACAAGUACAAUUGGCCAGACGACAACCACAGAUUAAUCCAAUCAAUGACGCAGGUUCGUCAGCUGCUUGGUCAGCUCUUGCGACCAAUCGAUCCCAGAAAGGCAAGCACAAGGAUAAUCGAGAGCUGGUGUGUUACGAUCAUGACGACAUUUUCUAAUAAGGAACCUUAUAUCCCGCUCGAUGUUUGUAUGGGCGCCUAACAAUUAAAGUAUGUUGAGGUACAAUAUAAGAUAUCAAAAAAUGUACCUUUUGAACAUAUGGGACCUAAAGAAAG